AUGUCUACUAUCCAAAACUUAAACUCUUUCGACCCAUUCGCCGACACUGGUGAUUCCGAAGCUCAAGCCACAAACUACAUCCAUAUCCGUAUUCAACAGCGUAACGGUCGUAAGACCUUGACCACCGUUCAGGGUGUUCCUAAUGAAUAUGACUUGAAGAAGAUUUUGAAGGUUUUGAAGAAGGACUUUGCCUGUAACGGCAACAUCGUCAAGGACUCCGAGUUGGGUGAGGUCAUCCAGAUGCAAGGCGACCAGAGAGUCAAGGUGUCUGAGUUCUUGAUUACCAAAUUGCAGUUGCCAAAGAAGAACAUCAAGAUUCACGGUUUCUAA